GCAGACGCUGUGAGUGGUCGGGAGCCAUGGCAGAGUCUGGACAAAAGCCUGGACCUGUUCCAGUACUUUCAGAGCCACGGCCUCCUCCUGCUCCUCAACCAGAUGGCGAAUCACCAGACACCCAGGCCUCCCUGUCAUCCGCCCCUGGUGUCCACUUCCACAAGCGCUCUGCGCCCCACCCUGUGCUGUCCGGCAAUGGGGACACGGUGGUGACCACAACGACCCAGGUCCUGCCCUCCCAGGACUCACAGUCCAGAUGGGGAGACAGGCCCACCCCCCGACUGUGAGCAGCCAGGGUGGUCAGGGUGCUCUUAACCACCACCACCCCCCCUCCGAGAUUCCAGGAGGGCUUUCUGGAGGAGGAGGAGUUGGGCAAGCAAUGAAACAGAGCAGAGGGAAGCGGGGAUAUGCUGGGCCGGGAGGGCAGAAGGGAGGCGGAAUAACCGGAGCACAGAGUUCCCGGGAGGAAGGGGUGUCCGAGAGGCCAGUCGAGCCGGCAGGGGCCAGGCCAUGCAGGGCCCCACGGGCCAUGCCAAGGAGCUGGGCUUUCUCCCGAGGGCGCCGGGGAGUAACGCAGGUUCUGAGCACCAUGGAAGGAGGGAGGGCGAGACCAGGGCCAGAAACCUGGGAGGACGUGGGAGGGGGCAGCCAGACAAAGGGCAGGAGGGGUGCCUGGGCCAGGGCAGGGGCCACAGGGAGGGAGAGAAAGGCACACAUGGGAGAGAGAUUUAAGAGGCAGGGGCCACAGGAUGUGGCAUGCUGGCGGGGAAGCGUCGGGGACGGAGGCCUGGGUCUCUCUGUCCCAGUGACGGGGGGGACAGUGUCACCAACCCCUUUGAUAAGAGGACGAGGAACAGAAGCAGGCCUGAUGCCAAGGUCGGUCUGGGACAAGGUGAGUGAGCGGCACCCAGGGACAGCUCGGGGGAGGCGUCCUGAAUGACUCUGAGACGCGGUCCCGGGGCUCAGGGGAGAGGCCUGGGUCAGGACAGAGAAGGGUGAGAGCCCCGCCCUGCAAGGGUAGCUCAGGACACGGUGCCCGAGGAGCAAACUGGGACAGCUGAGCCACAGGGACGGCCCCCUGCCCGGAGGCAGGCCACUGGGGCCCGAGAAGGGCCGGGGACCCAGAAGCCAUCAAGAGCAGCUCAUGGAGACUCGGCGAGGGACUGCCUCCGGCCCCACUUCGGGGAAGUGCAGAGCCAGGGUCAAAACAGGGCCCUCUGUGGCCCCAGAGGCUCCGCAGACCCAUCGGACAGACACGGGAAAGAAGGCCUCAGAAGGAAAGACAGAAUGCGUGCUUCUCACCCGGUGCAGGAAGCCAGUCGGCAGCACGGCCCCAAAGAAAGCGCGUGAUCUCCCCCGGCUCCAAAUCACCGAACCCUCCCAGGUCCCGCGCCAGACGGAGCCAGGUCCCAACCAGGAAGGGCCUCGGAGCAUCGGGAUGCCAACGCCGCGGUCUUCGAGUCCGGGUUGGGGGCGAAAGAUGGCACUGACGGGGUGCAGCUGGCUCUUCCUCAGCGCCGCCUUCCUGAGCGCGGGGGCCGAAAUCUCUAUCGCCCCCGAGCCUGCCCAGCCAGCCGAGGGGGACAACGUCACACUGACCGUCCACGGGCUUUCGGGGGAAGUGCUUGCCUACAACUGGUACGCGGGGCCCACGCUCAGCCUGAGUUACCUGGUAGCCAGCUACAUCGUGAGCACGGGCGACGAGACCCCUGGCCCGGCCCACACGGGACGGGAGGCUGUGCGCCCCGACGGCGGCCUGGACAUCCGGGGCGCCCUGCCCGGGCACUCGGGCACCUACAUCCUGCAGACCCUCAACAGGCAGCUCCAGACGGACGUAGGCUACGGACACGUGCAGGUCUAUGAGAUCCUGGCCCAGCCUGUGGUCACGGCCAACAACACGGCACUGGUCGAGCGCCGAGACACCCUGCGCCUGGUGUGCAGCAGCCCCAGCCCCGCUGAGGUCCGCUGGUUCUUCAACGGCGAAGCCCUGCCCAUCGCCAUCCGCCUCGGCCAGUCCCCCGAUGGCCGGGUACUGACCCGGCAUGGCGUCCGCAGAGAGGAGGCGGGAGCCUACCAGUGUGAGGUCUGGAACCCGGUCAGUGUCAGCCGCAGCGAGCCCGUCAACCUGACCGUGUACUAUGGCCCAGAACGCGUGGCCAUCCUCCAAGAUUCCACCACCCGCACGGGCUGUACCAUCAAACUGGACUUCAACACGUCCCUCACCCUGUGGUGCGUGUCCCAGUCCUGCCCAGAGCCCGAGUAUGUGUGGGCCUUCAACGGGCGGGCCCUCAAGAACGGGCAAGACCACCUCAACAUCACUAGCAUGACGGCGGCCCAGGAGGGCACGUACACGUGUAUUGCUAAGAACCCCAAGACCCUGCUUUCCGGAUCCGCCUCGGUGGUGGUCAAGCUCUCUGCGGCAGCGGUCGCCAUGACGAUUGUGCCCGUGCCCACCAGGCCGAUGGAGGGCCAGGAUGUGACGCUGACCGUCCAGGGCUACCCCAAGGACCUGCUGGUCUACGCCUGGUACCGCGGGCCUGCCUCGGAGCCCGGCCGGCUGCUCAGCCAACUGCCGUCAGGCAACUGGAUCGCAGGCCCCGCGCACACAGGCCGGGAGGUGGGCUUCGCCAACUGCUCACUGCUGGUGCAGAAGCUGAACCUCACGGAUGCCGGCCGCUACACCCUCAAGACCGUCACGUUGCAGGGCAAGACCGAGACCCUGGAAGUGCAGCUGCAGGUGGCCCGUGAGUGUGUCCGAGGGGGGCAGAGGGUGUAUCUUUCCAGACAGACGCUCCCAAAGCGGGGCUUUGUCUCCUCCAGGGCGGGGAGGGAAGCACAGACGAAGGGUGGAUCGGCGUCCCCAACAGACUUGAAAGAAGGGGCUCCCUCUCCUGCCUCUGACUUGGGGAUCUCCAAACGGAGUUUUUGGCCUCUUCUGUCAAACCGACAGCCUAGACUAGGGGUAGAUAGGCCUCCUGCAUCGAACCGAAGGCUACCAAAGGGGGAUUCCACGCCUCCUCUCUCAUAUAAGUACACCAGACUGAAGGUCUCAAGAAAGGAGGCACAGUCUGAGCGUAGGGCACCCUUUUUCCUGCAGGUGGGUAGACCUAUUGCCUCCGCUACUUUAUUGGGAAAGUGGGUUAAUGAUGGGAGUGUACCUCCCCUAUCAGACUGGAUGUAUAGUACGAGGGUGGAUCGUAACUCCCUCUUUAGACUGGGAGAUCCUAGACAGUUGGCAUCAUGUCUCGGCCUCUGCAUUAGGGUAAGAGUGAGGACAGAAUUUCUACCAUCAGAGGGGGACAUUUUUCUCUCAAAGUGAAAUAGGAAAAAUCUCCUCCAUUAGGAUAGAGGCUUCUAGGUGAUGGGAAUUUUGUCUCCUCCCUCAGACUGGGAAUUCCCAGUGGUCAGGAGCCAUGUCUCUUCCAUCAGUCUGGGAAUUCCCAGAUGUUGAAGACCAUGUCUUGCCCAUCAUAGUAGGGACUCCCAGAGUCAGGGACCAUGUCUCCUCCAUCAGACUGGGAGCUCCCAGAAACAGGUCUCCUCCAUCAGACUGGAAGUUCUUGGAGUCAAUGAACCAUGUCUCCCACAUCAGACUCGGAGCUCCCAGGGUUAAAGACCAUGUCUCCUCCAUCAGACUGGGAGCUCCCAGAAACAGGGACCAGGUCUCCUCCAUCAGACUGGUAGUUCUCGGAGUCAAUGAACCAUGUCUCCCACAUCAGACUGGGAGCUCCCAGAGUUAAAGACCAUGUCUCCUCCAUCAGACUGGGAGCUCCCAGAGUUAGGGACCAUGUCUCCUCCAUCAGACUGGGAGCUCCCAGAAACAGGGACCAGGUCUCUUCCAUCAGACUGGUAGUUCUCGGAGUCAAUGAACCAUGUCUCCCACAUCAGACUCGGAGCUCCCAGGGUUAAAGACCAUGUCUCCUCCAUCAGACUGGGGGCUCCCAGAACCAAGGACCAUGUCUCCUCCAUCAGACUGGGGGCUCCCAGAGCCAAGGACCAUGUCUCCUCCAUCAGACUGGGAGCUCCCAGAGGCAGGGACCAGGUCUCCUCCAUCAGACUGGGAGCUCCCAGAGGCAGGGACCAGGUCUCCUCCAUCAGACUGGGGGCUCCCAGAGUCAGGGACCAGGACCAUCCCCAUCAGACUAGACAUCCCCAGAGGUCCAAGAGGCCAUGUCCCUGAGGCAGGCUUCAUCCCAUUAGACCAGAGGCUCUCAGACACUGGGAACUUGGUCAUUCAACAGUCUGGAGCCUCCUCUCCCCCAUCAGACCAGGCAUUUUUGGAAGCCCUGAGUCAGGGAUGGCAUCUCCCAGCUCAGAUGUGAACUUCCUGGGGUCAGGAAAUCAGUCACUGCCAGGCACCCCUUCCUUCAUCAAACCCUGGUCCUGGGUCAGUGCUGGAGGUAGAAUGCUCUUCGAUGACAGCAGGCCACCCCCCACCCCAUGAAGCCUCGGAAAUCCUUUUCACCCUGUCUCUCUUCUCACAGUCAACCUCCCUCCCCUGCAUGAGGACCAACGCCACCUUCCUGAACCUGAACCUGGCACAGGCUGAGC